GGUAUGUUCUGUGGUGAACGUAAUCAUGUUCUUGUUAACCAUCUGACCAAUUCCAACAAAAUAUUUUUUUUUCUAUGGUUACUAACCUACAUGUAUUGAGGUGAUAAGUGUCUUAUUAUUUAAAUAAUGGUUAUUAAUACACUUCUUUACAAAUUAUAUUAAUACGGAAAUAGAAGAAUUAUUAACGGAGAAAUGGAUCUCCAAAGUGUUAAAGAAGAAAUUGAUACAUAUGAUGAUUUUCUGUCUAAGAUCGAUGUAAAACAAGAACUAAUUAACGAAGUAUCUGCAAUGAAAAUUCAAAAUACAAAUGGAAUUCAUUCAAUCAAACAAGAAAACAACGAUGUCUUGAAUACAACUAAAAUAUUUGAUAACAAUGUGGAUGUUACUAAAAAAACAAAAGGGAAAAUUUUCAGUACUCACAUCAUACUAAACAAACCAGGAUAUAAAAAAGUUGCCCGUAGAAAAAGAAUUAAAUCAAAAGUUACAGGACUGAUAGAUGGAAAAUAUAUGGAACCAAAUGCUAUGGGAUUAAUGAUAUGUGUAUAUUGUGGGAAUUUAUACACAAAACAAUUAGAAUUGUUAUGGCACUUAGCAAUGAAUCAUUGUAUAAAAGUAAACAAUUUUUAUAAGAUGAAAAUUCACCAUAAAAGUAAAAGUGAUACAUGUAUUAUGGAAAAUAUUGAUAUAAAAGAUGAAAUUGAAGUAGUUGAACAUGAACUCAAAGUGGAACUGCAGGAUACCACAAACCAGUUGGAUCAAUCAAUUCAAACUAAUAAAAAUAUGCAUUUACAUAGUUACACUACAACAAAACCAUUCAAAUGUGACAUUUGUAGCAAACCAUUCUCUUAUAAAAGUAAUUUAAAUAUACAUAUGCAUAGUCACACAGAAGAAAAGCCACUUAAAUGUGAUAUUUGUUACAAAACUUUUACACAAUUAAGUUAUUUGAAGACACAUUUGCGUAGUCAUACAGGGGAGAAGCCUUUCAAAUGUGACAUUUGUGGGAAACUAUUCUCUUAUAAAUGUAAUUUAAAUAUACAUAUGCAUAGUCAUACAGAAGAAAAGCUAUUUAAGUGUGAUAUUUGUUACAAAACUUUUUCACAGUCAAGUUAUUUGAAAACACAUUCUCGUAUGCAUACAGGAGAAAAGCCAUUCGAAUGUGACAUUUGUUUGAAAACUUUUUCAGAUAGAAGUAAUUUGAAGAGACAUUUGCGAAUUCAUACAGGAGAAAAGCCAUUCAAAUGUGACAUUUGUCUGAAAACUUUUUUAGAUAAAAGUCAUUUGAAGACACAUUUGCAAAGUCAUACAGGAGAAAAGCCAUUCAAAUGUGACAUUUGUUUAAAAACUUUUCUAAAUACAAGUAAUUUAAAGACACAUUUGAGUAUCCAUACAGGAGAGAAGCCAUUCAAAUGUGACAUUUGUUUGAAAACUUUUUUACGUACAAUUGAUUUGAAGACACAUUUACGAAGUCAUACAGGAGAAAAGCCAUUCGAAUGUAACUUAUGUUUGAAUACUUUUUCACACAUGAGUAAUUUAAAGAGACAUUUGCGUAUCCAUACAGGAGAAAAGCCAUUCAAAUGUGACAUUUGUUUAAAAACUUUUUCAGAUAGGAGUAAUUUGAACCAACAUUCACUUAGUCACACAGGAAAAAAUCCAUUUAAAUGUGAAACUUGUUUUAAAACUUUUUUACAGUUCAGUGAUUUCAAGACACAUUUGUGUAUUCAUACAGAAGAAAAGCUAUUCUAAUGUGACAAAAGUUUGAAAAUUAUACGAGUAAUUUGAA